AUGACAAAAGAGUCUAAUACACCCAAGGCCAUCAAUAUCAUUAGACCCAAUAGCAGUCAUUAUUUACUGAAUACAAGCCAUAGCAGUAGUACAAAUGGAAGCAUAACAAGUAAUAACUCAACAAGACGUCCAAGUUCAGUCUUGUCGGGUACAUCAAGCACAUCUCAUUCUCGGAAACCAAGAGUUGUUAAAGAUAAUAUAUACCAACCUCCUAGUCGGAAACCCUCUUAUGACGACUACAGUAGAGUAUCUACUCGACCUCCUAUUGAACUCUACAAACCACCGCAGCAACAUAAAAAUAAGUCUAUACCAUCGCAUGACCCUAUCAAAAUAGUGAGCCAUAGACCACCAACUAACAAGUCGCAAUACCAUCGAUCUGUAUUAGGUGUGAUUAAUACACCAGCCAAUCAUGAAGAUCAACCUAUAUCCUCAGAAGAUAAUGAUGAUGAUGAUGAUGAUGACCAACAGAGUGUGGUUGAUUUAGAUGAACUCUCAGAUAAAGAACAAAAUGAACAGCCAAUAGAAGAGCAAGAAGAAGAAGGGGAAGACGAACCCGUGCUGAAUGAAGCACGAGUUAAUCGAAAAAUUGAAGAUCUUGAAUUAACCGUGAAAUCCUUAUUGACAGUGAAUGCCAUGUUGGAAGCUACUGUGAGGAAACAAGCAUCUCAACUGAAUCAAGUUAAAAAAUCAGGUCAAGUAAGCAUGGAUACACUAUUAGAACCACCUCAAGAUAUAGUUGAACCAGUGAUUCAAUCGGACAGUGAAGAAGAAUGGGAAAAUGAUGCUUUGUUUCAAAAACUAAAAAAACUGACUGAACAGCUGAUUGAACAAGGACAAAAAUCAGUGGAUUUUGAAUAUAAAAUAUUAGGCCGAGUAUUAUCUAAUUAUGAACCAUUGGAUCAAGUACAAGAAGAAGAAGAAGAAGAUGCAGGUAAGAUCAUAGUAACACUUGAUCUUUGUUUUGAUUCUCGACAUUCAGGCACUAUAGAAACAAUACCCAAUAAUACAUCGAUACCACAACCACCACCACCACCACCACCUUCCACGACGACGACACGAAGAAAGCCCAAAAGAAAGUUAUCCAACAAGAGUACAUCUUAAUAUCCAUUUCUAAAAGCGGUUAUUU